AAGUAGAUUGAGAGAUUCUUGCGUACACGAUAGCACUUUCAGGAAGAGGUCUUUUUCUUUUGUCAAUGAUGUGGAUUUGAAUGUUAAUUUCCUCCGAACUAGUCCUUGCGCGCGAACGCUUGGGCAUAAUGUGUAGUUUGGUAUGAUAGUUUCACAGUAACUACAAGCACUACAUGCGCACAACAUAGAGAAUAGUUCCGACUUGUUUAAUACAAAGACACCGCUAAAUUUGAGAGGACAACUACAAAUCUGAGUCAUACAACUUGUUGUCUUUUCCUUCAAGAAAUCUUAGUCUUCCUAAUAAUUUUAUGCCAUAUAUAAUAAUUCUUUCUUCAACGAUAACAAAAACGUCAUGUCUCUCGUUUGUUCUUUAACGGGGCGCAUCCCGUUCGAACCCGUGGUCUUGCGACCGAGUGGGUAUCUCUUCGAGAAGUCGGUGCUUGAGGAGAGGUUAGAGGCGAAUGGCAACACGUGUCCCAUCAGUGGGGCCUCCGUGGAAAGCAUACUUCCGGUGAAAACGGACGGUGCGCUGUCUCUGCGAACCGUAACGGCGGCGAAUUUGCCAGGUGUCCUCUCAGCAAUGCAGCAAACAUUUGACGAUAUGCUGACCGCGUCCUUCAAUAACAAACGCGAUUUGGACAAAGCAAAAGAGCAACUGCUUCAUGCGCUGUACUUCUUGAGUUUUCGUUUAUGGUCAAUGAUUUUUCAACGAUUUGUGUCAGUAGCAAUUGGAAUAUAAAACUAAAUAUAUGCAGAAUAGAGCUCUGACUGGUUGUACAACAAGCCAUUUCCUGGAACAAGAGGUAGUUGUCGUAUACGUAUUCCACCUUGUGAUUUUUUAUAGGAAAAAACAACAGAACAAGUCCCCUCAAUGCAGUUAAAAAAACUUCUCCACCUCGACCUCCUCCUCCCCGAACAUCACGAUCAGGCACCAGCACGAUGCAGCUACGAGGACUAUUAAGCGCAUACUUGCCGAGCGUGAUAUGGCACGAGCAACAGUGAAGACACUAGAGGUUAGUCUACAGCACCAGAGGAAAGUUUUGGGUGCUGCAGCUCCAGAAAAGGCAGCUGAGGUGCCAGAGGCGAUAGGUACUUCUAGUACAACAAAAAAGAACUACUACUGCUUAGGCAAAAAAUAGGAUGAUUUUUUUUUGAGUCGGCUUCGUAUUCAUAAGCAAUAUGAACGGCUACGGCAGCUGCAUGAUAAUUUAUAGUUUUGUAUUUUGCUUCAUCGAUCAACAACGUCGUCCUUUUACAGCACUUUACUAAUGUUGCGCAUUACAUAAAACUAGGCUUCUCCGACGAGUGGCGCGCCCGCGUGGCUGAGUAUGACCAGGCUUUCGCGAAAAAGCGAAAGGAAGGUGCUUACAAGGAGCAGCAUAAGCAAUUGACCCCAGUGAUGGUAAACAAGGAGAUGCAGCAGAUUUACCAUUUUUCCGAUCGGCACCAGGCUAGCGCUCCAGGUAUCAACUGCUGCGCGCUCGACCCUGCAGACAACAACAACGUACUCACUGGCGGCGUCGACGGCCACUUGGAAGUGAUCAAUGUCCAGGUGAUGGCAAACAACUAUCUCCAAGGGGUUCAGCGUCCGGCCGAAUCCGUCAGACUAGCGGCACACGAAGGUCCGAUUUCAUGCUGCGGCUUUCAUCCAGCAAAGAGCUCCGUCUUACUCUCCGGAUGCGAAGACGGCGUCGUCAAAAUUUGGAACAAAGAUGGUACUAUCUAUACAUGGAAAAUUUUGUUCCUAUUAAAUGAUUUUAAUUUUUCUCAUCUUCUGCUAUUCUUGUUUCCACCUUCAUCUUUGAUGAUAUUUCUCAAAGAAUGAAGAAACUCAAACUUUUUAAGAUACUUAUAAGUACACAAACUACAGCACUCGGUCGCCAUACUGAAGCCUAUGCUUCUCCUGAGGGACUGCACGACGGUGGUGUUAGAGAUAUGAACGUACAUCCGAUCAACGAGUUGCUGAUCACAGCUGGAGCACGCAGCAUAAGCUACGUGGAUAUGAACACGGGAGAUUUGCUUAGAUGGAUCAACGAAUUCCCAGGAAAUCAUGGAGAAAUUUCGCAGUUCAAACUUCACCCAAACGGUAUACAGGGAUGUUGAUGCUGUGUGUUGGUUUACUAAGUUGUAGAGUGGAUGUUGUGAUGUCCGAGGAGAUAUGGAUGAAAAGUUUCAGCAAUUUGCGUUAGUACUAACUUGAAUUUCAUCGACAGCUGCAAUGAAUCUAAACGAGAUGUUCUCACUAGUACGUCUUCUAAUUCUCUUUGUUGGCUCAGGUAAAGCUGGCAUUGCCGCAGUGGGUCGUUCCAUUCAGCUGUGGGACAUCGCGGGCGGAUCGCACACUCGGUGUCUCACAUUGGACGGUGAAGAAGAAAAGGUCCACGAUGCAGACAUCACUGCUCUCGCAGUGAGUCACAACGCGAUCAAUGUGGUGUCCGGUUGCCGCAAUGGCGUAGUGCGCUUGUGGGACUUGCGUAAGCAAGACCAGAGCGUUUGGGAGGAGGACUUCAGCAGGGGUAGCCAGGGUGGCAUCAACAAAUUGCGCUUCGACCCGGUGGGCCACUACCUUGCUGUAGCCCACAGCAAUGAGAUGCUGGACGUGGUUCACUUUGAAUCCAAGGCGACUCUUGCAGAAGUCUGUAGUUUUCCGAGAGCACAUAGAGGAGGCAUGGUGAUGGACGCUGUGUUUGCGGAUCGCGCACAAUUUUUAGUAUCCGUUGGAUUGGACCGAUCCAUCAAUUUCUACCAAAGCGAAGGACUAAAGGACUAUUUCGAAGAACCAGACACUAAGCGCUUGCGCUCGGAGGAAAUCUAGAAGAUGUGACAUUAUGCGUGGUAUCUUUGUCCGCAUGUCCAACAUUUUCCAUGUGCUUCGGAUUUACUUAUAUUUAUGUGAACAAGUACUAACAACUUGUCGUGAAGAUAAAAAUCUGAAUGAAAUAAACGAGGUGGCCUCAGCUUGCCCACACACACACGAACUCUUCCGAAAUACGCUACAACAGUUUCAAGAACAAUGUCUUUGUCUUUGACCACCUCCUCAUAUAGGCGCAUCACACAGCUACACGAAAAUAACGAUUGAAAACGCUCCUGGCGCUCGAUCACCCCUCACCAGAU